AUGUCUCUCCUACUUAAACCAAAAACCAAACCAAAAUUUUUGUUAUCAUUUGUGUGUGGUAAAAUCACAAACAAAAAAAUCAAAAUCAAAAUCAAAAUCACAACAUAUAAAAACUAUCAAAAAACAAACAAAAAAACAAAAGGUUUAGGCUCACCACAACAAUCGAUUAAACUACCACCUAUCUCGGCAGAUAAUGUUAAUACCAACGAUGUGCUUGAUAGUGUGGUCAAUGCAACAACUCGUAAAUUCUUUACCAAACAAACUAAAGCCAUCGUUUGGGGCAUGCAACAGAGAGCUGUACAAUCGAUGUUGGACUUUGAUUUUAUUUGCACUCGCGAAGAACCCUCCGUUGUUGCCAUGGUUUAUCCCUUUACCGGUGAUCACAAGCAAAAAUUCUACUGGGGUCACAAAGAAAUCCUCAUUCCCGUCUAUAAGAAAAUGUCCGAUGCCAUUAAUAAACACAAAGAUGUUGAUGUUAUGGUGAAUUUUGCUUCAUUGCGUUCCGCUUACGAAUCGACCAUGGAAGUUUUGGAUUAUCCUCAAAUACGUACUGUGGCCAUUAUUGCCGAAGGUAUACCCGAAAAUAUGACACGCAAAAUGAUUGUGGCUGCCAAUAAGAAGGGUGUAGCCAUUAUUGGACCCGCAACUGUGGGUGGCGUUAAGCCAGGUUGUUUCAAAAUUGGCAAUACUGGUGGUAUGUUGGAUAAUAUCCUACAUUCCAAGUUAUAUAGGCCAGGCAGUGUGGCUUAUGUCUCCAGAUCGGGUGGUAUGUCCAAUGAAUUGAACAACAUUAUCUCGAAGGCAACUGAUGGUGUUUUAGAGGGUGUUGCCAUUGGUGGUGAUCGUUAUCCUGGCACCACUUUCAUGGAUCAUAUUUUACGUUAUCAGGCAGAUCCUGAGGCCAAACUUAUUGUGCUCUUGGGUGAAGUUGGUGGCACCGAAGAGUACGAAGUGUGUGCAGCUCUAAAAGAUGGUCGUAUCACAAAACCUUUGGUAGCUUGGUGUAUAGGUACCUGUGCCAGUAUGUUUACCUCUGAAGUACAAUUUGGCCAUGCUGGUUCAUGCGCCAAUUCGGAUAAAGAAACAGCUUCGGCUAAAAAUAAGGCUCUACGUGAAGCUGGAGCCUAUGUGCCCGAUUCGUUUGAUUCAUUGGGCGAUUUGGUGCAACAAGUUUAUGCUGAACUUGUUAAAUCUGGUCGCAUAGUGCCACGCGAAGAAGUACCACCACCAACUGUACCCAUGGACUAUGCUUGGGCCCGUGAAUUGGGUUUAAUUCGUAAGCCAGCUUCCUUUAUGACUUCAAUUUGUGACGAAAGAGGUCAAGAAUUGAUUUAUGCUGGUAUGCCCAUCAGUGAAGUGCUUAACAAGGAUGUUGGUAUUGGUGGUGUAAUUUCAUUGUUAUGGUUCCAACGCUGUUUACCCCCUUAUGUAUGCAAGUUCUUUGAAAUGUGCCUAAUGGUAACAGCCGAUCAUGGUCCAGCUGUAUCGGGUGCCCACAAUACCAUUGUCUGUGCACGUGCCGGUAAAGAUUUGGUAUCAUCUGUUGUCAGUGGUCUACUAACAAUUGGUGAUCGUUUUGGUGGUGCUUUAGAUGGUGCUGCUCGCCAAUUUUCCGAAGCCUAUGACUCGAAUUUACAUCCCAUGGAAUUUGUUAAUCAAAUGCGUAAAAAUGGCCAAUUAAUUAUGGGCAUUGGUCAUCGUGUAAAAUCCAUCAAUAAUCCUGAUGUGCGUGUUAAAAUUAUCAAGGAAUUUGUUUUGCAAAAUUUCCCAGCUUGCCCAUUGCUGAAAUACGCUUUAGAAGUAGAAAAGAUUACAACCAGUAAAAAGCCAAACUUGAUUUUGAAUGUCGAUGGUGUUAUAGCCACCUGUUUUGUGGAUAUGUUACGUAAUUGUGGUUCAUUUACAAGUGAGGAAGCUCAGGAAUACAUUAACAUUGGCGCCAUUAACUCUCUCUUUGUAUUGGGACGUAGCAUAGGUUUCAUUGGUCAUUAUAUGGAUCAGAAACGUUUGAAACAGGGUCUUUACCGUCAUCCUUGGGAUGAUAUUUCCUAUGUCAUGCCCGAGCAAUUUAAUUAAAUAAAACAAAAAAAAACUUAAUUACAGUUCACAGUCUUUAAUCAUCCUGCUGUAUGUGUGAAGGAAGACUCAUGUUUCUUAAGGCUUAAAAUAAAACAUAAAACAUCACCGGCAAAAUUAAUAAAUUAGUUUUAUCUACUUUUUCUCAUUGAUAUUACGUUUAUGUUCUUUUGUUCAUUACUUUUUUCAUUCCUUUUUCUUUUCUGUUCUCUUUGUCAAAUUCAUUUUCUUUUAAGAAAAUUAUUAAUUCUAUAUUAUUUUUAUUACAUUUUUUUACACUCUAAAAGGCAUUUAUUUUCUCAUUUAAUUAUUAUUUAAAUAAUUUGUUUAUUUUCUUUUUUCAUUUUGAUACUUAAUUUGUAAAAUGAACAUUAUUACACAAUGCAAAUGUGUAUUUUUUUAUUUAACAUUCUAUAAUGCUUAUAAUUAAAGAAAGAUAUACAUAUAUUAUAUUAAAUGUUCUAUA